AUGUCAGCUGGAAAAUACGCUUUGGGUGCUGCUGUUAUUCUCGGUGGUGUUUACUAUUAUGACCAGAAUGUUGAGCGGAUCUUGCCUAGAAAAGAGCAUCAUCAAUUGGCUCAACAAACAGCUAAAAUCGAUAAAAAGAGUAGUGAUUUAAACAACAAAUUGACAGAUAAAUUGGAAGAUGGAAAAAAACAGAUUCAAAAGAAAACUGAGGAAAUCAAAAGCAGUGUCAGCAAUCUGCAAACUUACAAAGACUUGAAAGGAGAUGCAACAAACUACAAGAAACACGUUGAAGAUGCAGUUAAACCAAGGGACGAAAAAUCUGUUUUUGUUUUGGGAAUGCAAAAAUAUAUCGAUUUUAUCAAUUGUUUGGGUGAAGGUAAAGUAAAAACGGGAGAGACUCAAUUAUCUUCAAUGGGUCCUUUACCUGAAGUGAAGGAAGAGUCCAUUUUUGGAAAUUGGUUUAGAAAGAGCAGCAGCGGUAAUGAUAAACUAGACGAUGCCAAAAAUAAGGUUGAAAAGAAAAAAAACGAAUGGAGCGCAUGGGGCUCUGAAAAGGCAGACGAAGCUGAAAAAAAGAAGGACCAAUGGUCUAGUUGGACUUCGCAAAAAGUCGAUGAUGUGAAAGCUGAUGCUGAGAAGGAAAAGAACAAGGCUACCAAUUGGGUUGCAGACAAGGCAGAUGAAGUAGUCAAAACCAAGGACGAAUGGACAAACUGGGGCUCUAAAAAAGUUGAUCAAGCACAAACUGAUGCUGAAAAGAAGAAGGAUAAAUUAUUUAGUUGGGGAUCUGAUAAAGCCGAAGAAGCGAAAAAGCAAGCAGAGGAUACUAAAGAUGGGUUAGUAAAUUGGGGAUCUGCUAAAGCCGAUGAAGCCAAGGCUAAAGCCGAAGAAGAGAAAAAGUCAUGGAUCAAAUGGGGAAACAAAAAGAGCGAUGAAGUUAGUAAGCAAACAGAAGAUUUGGCUGCUUGGACCGAUAAGAAAUGGAACGAAGCUUCCGACGAGUUGAAGAAACAAUUUCACAACUCAAAAGAGGAAUUCAACAAGUACUAUAGCAAUUUGGGGAAAACUGUAAAUGACGCAACAAAUCAGCUCAACAAGAAGUAUAAUGUUGAGUACGAAAAUGCAAUGAAACAAUAUGAACAGGCCAAGGUACAUUUUGAAGAUUUACAAAACCAAUUAAUCAACGAUCCAGAAAAGAACAAAAAAUUAUCCAAAGCCAAGGAAGAUUUCAACAGCUCUUUAGAGAACUUGCGUUUGUACAGUGAGGAUGUCUAUAAUGACAUUAAAAGCAAAUUGAGUGAUGUUUUCAAGUAA